AAAUGGACAUUUAAUUUUUCCAUGCGAAUGAUGCUAAAUCAGAGCUUUGUCACUGAGUUCAUACUCCUGGGACUUUCACAGAACCCAAAAGUUGAAAAAAUACUGUUUAUUUUGUUUUUCUUGGUCUACCUUGCAACUAUUGGGGGAAACAUCAUAAUUGUUGUAACAAUUAUAUGCAGUCCAGCACUUUUUGGCUCCCCCAUGUACUUCUUUUUGUCUUUCCUCUCCUUCCUGGAUGCAUGUGUUUCUUCUGUAAUCACACCUAAGAUGAUUGUAGACUUCUUCUAUGAGACAAAGACCAUCUCCUUUGAAUGUUGUAUGCUGCAACUGUUUGCUGUCCACUUCUUCACGGGGGUGGAGGUGAUUGUCCUCUCAGCCAUGGCCUAUGACCGCUAUGUUGCUAUUUGCAAGCCCUUGCACUACUCUUCCAUCAUGACCCAGAGGCUCUGUGGCAUCCUGGUGGGAGUAGCUUGGUCAGGAGGCUUCUUGCAUUCUAUCAUACAGAUUAUCUUCACUUUGCAGCUGCCCUUCUGUGGACCCAAUGUUAUUGAGCAUUUCAUAUGUGACUUGUUCCCAUUACUGAAGCUAGCCUGCACCAACACGCACAUUUUUGUCAUUUUGGUGUUUGCCAACAGUGGGUCUAUCUGCAUCAUUAUUUUUUCCUUAUUGCUUGUUUCCUAUAGUGUCAUCUUACUCUCUCUGAGAGCUCACAGUUCUGAAGGGAGGCGUAAAGCACUCUCUACCUGUGGAUCCCACAUUAUUGUUGUGCUUUUGUUCUUUGUUCCAUGCAUAUUAAUAUAUGCACGAAAUACUUCUGCAUUCUCAUUUGAGAAAAAUGUGUUUAUAUUCGCUGAUGUCCUGACACCAUUACUAAAUCCUAUGGUAUACACUUUCAGGAAUAAGGAAAUGAAGAAUGCCAUCAAGAAAAUGUGGAAGAGAUUGUUUAAUACUUCUGAUAAGCAUUAG